AUGAUGAUUCAUUUGUUGGACAUCAAGACACGCAUUACUUGUUUGGCUCUGGAUGGUAAAAUCCUAUUUAGUGGUUCUCAUGAUAAAACGAUAAGAUUAUGGAAUCUCAAUAAUAAUUAAGCACUGACUUAUUUUUCAGGAUUAGACCAUCCCAUUUAAAAAUUGUUAGUCAUUCCUGAAACUGGAUAUUUAGUUAGCAUAGGAACUGGGUUACUUCUUACUUGGGAUUAUCCAAAUAAAAAGGUCAUAUCUAAAUUUACAAAACCUGAAACAUUUAAAUGUAUAGCCUAUUUGGAUAGAGCAUUGUUUAUUGGAACAGAAGAAAACAAUAUUCAUAGUUAUACUUAAGAGAACAAUUUCGAAGACACAGACAAUUAAUAUUAGAUGAUCGAUGUUAAUUAAGAGAUAGAUGACGAUUAUAUGAAAAAGAUUAUAGAAUAAAACUAAUAAAUAUUACAAGAAUUUCAAUAAUAAUAAUGA